CGCAGACACGCGGCGAGAGGGACUGCGGCUGGACGGCGCUCCGGUGCACGAGAUGAAGCCUGUGACGUCACAAACGCUCCCCCUGCUGGUCCUCCUGCUGGCGUGGGCGGCGGCGGGGGGCGGAGGAAGGCGCGACGAAGGAGGGGGAGGAGCUGCCCAAGGCGGAGGGCUGGAGGGCGCCGAGGCCUCCUCCUCCGGGCAGGUCGCGCUUCGGGAGCGGCCCGUCCUACGACCUCGAGAAGGCCUAUGACUCCAUGAGCAACAACAGGGCGGCCAACCGCAACGGGUACAGCAGCAGCAGCAGCAGCAGUUCCAGCAGCGGCAGUUACAGCAAGAAUCGCGGAAGCAGCGGCAGUUACAGCGGCAGCAGCGGGGGUUACAGCAGCGGCAGCAGCGGCGGGGGAUACAGCAGCAACGAGAGAUACAGCGAUGAUCUCUAUCGCGAUGCUGGAUACUCGGAUGAUGAGCAAUACAGCGCCUAUGCCUCCGCCUCCGAUUAUGGUGGCUAUGGCAGUGACAGCGGCUACGGGUUGUCCUGCGCCUCUGGCUACGUCAACGCGUCGGCUGUGGCUCUGCUCGCCUUCCUCUUCCUCCUCAACAUCGUGCAGGACGUGAUCCAGCAGAUCACCGGCGGACGAAAGAAGCGCGACGCCGAAGAGGAGAGCGACGUCUUCGCCUUCGUGCACAACGGGGGCCUCGCCUCGCUGAAGGAGGGGCUGCCGGAGGUCGUCCUGCCCCUCAUGGUGGAGCUGAUGGAGGCCACGGAGGCGCCCCACUGCCUCCAGAGGCCGCUGUGCGACGCGAACGCCCAGCUGUCCCUGCGCUACGGCGUGGUGGGCCGCAUGGUGGCGUCGCUGCUGUCCAACGUGAUGGGCAAGGCCUUCUCCGGGGACGACAACAAGCGCUUCCACCUCGCCCUCGAAGCGGCGGCGGCGGGGCGCAGCGACCACACCUGCGCCAGGUUCCCCAGGUGCUCCAAGGCCCACAAGUACUCGAGGGACGUCAACGGCGGCGGCGGGAACGGCACCGAAGACCACGCGAAGGACGUCGGGGGACUGGUCGGGGACGUCCUUCGGGGGGACCAUUAUAACGGGGUCGACUGAGGACGUCUCGGAGUGUUCGUGCGGCGGGCAUUAAUUCCUUCUCUUUGGUUCUUCUUAUACAUCACAUCUUCUCCAUAAAUGCUAGAUUCACUGAUGAAUAUGUAAGAUAUCUAGUCAAAAGUGAUUUUUUAAUUUAUUUUACACAUCUUUCAUCUUUAUUUACAUUUUAAUUUCGCUAAUAUAUUGGGGAUGUAAUUAGUUUCCUGAAUCACCAGUCCACGUAGCAGAUUGGGGCAUUAAUUAACUAUAAAUUAAGAUAAAGUCUAAUAUGAUUAAUAACUUAUCUCCUUUUCAUUUGACUCCAUUUUCAAUGCAUAAUUAAGUACACAUUUAUCGGUUCUUUCUUUUUUCUUAUUUUUAUUUUUUCUCUCUCGUUUCAUUUUCAGUUAUCUUCUUCGUUUUUCUUUCAUUUUUUUCACUUCCAUAUCCCGCUUUUUUUUUUUUUAUCGAUCACCCUAUGCUGUUCCUCACUAAGUGUACAAAGUUUGUGUAUACUAUUAAAUAUUUCAACUUUUUCCUGUUUAUUGUUAUGAUUUACUGAAUAAACGAAUAUAGAAUUUU